AUGGCGCCCGGCGGUGUCCCCCCUCGGGCGCUGCUGUGGAUCAACCUGCUCGGCUUCAUCUCCGUCUCUCUGGCCCUCAACCCGGACGACCCCAACGUGUGCAGCCACUGGGAGAGCUACGCGGUGACGGUGCAGGAGUCCUACGCUCAUCCCUUCGACCAGGUCUACUACACCCGCUGCACCGACAUCCUCAACUGGUUCAAAUGCACCAGACACAGGAUCAGCUAUAAGACGGCCUACAGACGAGGUGUGAGGACCAUGUACAGACGUCGCUCUCAGUGCUGCCCGGGUUUCUUUGAGAGCGGAGACCUGUGUGUUCCGCUGUGCACCGACGAAUGUUCCCACGGACGCUGCGUCUCUCCUGAUACCUGCCAGUGUGAGCCGGGCUGGGGGGGCCUGGACUGCUCCAGUGGCUGUGAGAGUGACUUCUGGGGCCCCCACUGCACCAACCGCUGUCAGUGCCGUAACGGCGCCAAGUGCAACCCGAUCACCGGCGCCUGCGUGUGCACCGACGGGUUCCAGGGCUGGCGCUGCGAGGAGCCCUGCGACGCCGGCUUCUACGGCAAAGACUGCCUGCAGGAGAGCCAGUGCCUCAACGGCGCCACCUGCCAGCACCAGACCGGCGAGUGCCUCUGUGCACCGGGAUACACCGGAGCCUUCUGUGAGGAGCCGUGUCCUCCAGGGAAACAUGGAUCCCUGUGUGAGCAGCGCUGCCCCUGUCAGAACGGAGGGGCGUGUCAUCACGUCACCGGGGAGUGCUCCUGUCCCGCCGGCUGGGUGGGUCCAGUCUGUGCUCAGCCGUGCUCCUUCGGCUCCUUCGGGAUCAACUGCUCUCUGGAGUGCACGUGUCGGAACGCCGGCCUGUGCGACCACAUCAGCGGCCAGUGCCAGUGCACCGCCGGCUACAUCGGAGAGAGAUGUCGAGAGGAGUGUCCGGUCGGCACCUACGGGCCCCAGUGCGCCAACAAGUGCGACUGCCAGAACGGGGCCAAGUGUUACCACAUCAACGGGGCCUGCCUCUGCAGCGAGGGCUUCAAGGGCCCCAGCUGCCAGGACCGCUUCUGUCCCAGCGGCCUGUACGGACCCGGCUGCGACCGACACUGCCCGUGCAAAACCGCCAACACGCUCAGCUGUCACCCUCUGUCGGGGGAGUGCACCUGUGCAGCCGGCUGGACCGGACUCUACUGCAACGAGUCCUGCCCGGCGGGGUUCUACGGCGCCGGCUGCAGGGAGACGUGCGUCUGCACCAACGCAGCCGACUGCGACGGCAGCAGCGGCGCCUGCGUCUGCGCUCCAGGGUUCAUAGGUGACGACUGCUCCAUCAGCUGCCCCCCCGGCCUGUACGGCACCAACUGCACCUCCUCCUGCUCCUGCCACAACGAGUUCUCCUGCUCGCCCAGCGACGGCUCCUGCUUCUGCAGAGAAGGUUGGCAGGGCGUGGACUGUACCAUCCCGUGCUCCAGUGGUUCUUGGGGACUGGGCUGCAAUGAGACGUGUCAGUGUGCCAACAUGGCCGCCUGCGACCCCGUCAACGGAACCUGCACCUGCUCCUCAGGCUGGGGGGGCGAGUACUGUGACCAGGCGUGUCCGGAGGGCUCGUACGGGCUGGACUGUGCAGAGCGAUGUGACUGUGUCCACUCGGACGGCUGUGACCCGGUGAGCGGCUCCUGUCGCUGCCUCACGGGAUGGACCGGUGUGGGUUGUGACAGUGUGUGUGAGGAGGGACGCUGGGGACAGAACUGCUCGUCCAGCUGCUCCUGUGAGAACGGCGGCUCCUGCUCCCCAGAGGACGGCUCCUGUGUGUGCGCUCCUGGAUACCGAGGAACCAACUGCAGACGAGCCUGUUCACCUGGUUUCUACGGUCACCGCUGCAGCCAGUCGUGUCCUCAGUGUCUCCACAGUGACGGAGCGUGUCACCACGUCACCGGACACUGUGAAUGUCUCUCUGGAUUCUUCGGCUCCCUCUGCAACCAAGUGUGUCCCAGUGGGAGGUUCGGGAGCGCCUGUGCCGAGUCGUGCUCGUGCACCAACAACGGGACGUGUAAUCCCAUCGACGGCUCCUGUCAGUGCUUCCCAGGGUGGAUCGGAGAGGACUGCUCCACACCAUGUCCUCAGGGCUCGUGGGGCCCAGACUGCAUCCACACAUGUAACUGUCACAACGGAGCCCAGUGCAGUGCAGCAGACGGAGAGUGUGACUGCAGCGCUGGAUGGACGGGACUCUACUGCACCCAGCGUUGUCCAGCAGGUUUCUACGGCUCUCGGUGUGCGGAGGUGUGUCGCUGUCAGAACGGAGCCGACUGUGAACACAUCACGGGACGGUGCUCGUGCAGGACGGGCUUCAUCGGACAGAGCUGUGAACUCAAGUGCCCUGCGGGGACCUUCGGGUAUGGCUGCCAGCAGUUGUGUGAGUGUCUGAACAACGCAACCUGCGACUACGUGACGGGGACCUGCUACUGCAGCACCGGCUUCAAAGGGAUCCGCUGCGACCAGGCUGCUCUGAUGAUGGAGGAGCUGAACCCCUACACCAAGAUCAGCCCGGCGCUGGCGUCCGAGCGCCAGUCGGCCGGCGCCGUCCUGGGCGUCGUCUUCCUGCUGCUGCUCAUCGUGGCCAUGCUCGGCCUGGGGGUGUGGUUCCGCUACCGGCAGAGAGAGAAGGGUCACCACGUGCCCAGCGUCACCUACACCCCCGCCCUGCACAUCAACUCCACAGACUACUCCCUGUCCGACUACAUGAAGGGCUCCUUGUCCAGCACCUGCUCCCUCAACAGCGAGAACCCGUACGCCACCAUCAACGACCCCCCCGCCCUCUGCAAGCACUCUGAGAGCAGCUACGUGGAGAUGAAAUCCCCGACUCGCCACGACCACGUGACGCACUGCUGCUCCGCCGCCAUCAUCACCACGGCCACCGCGGCUCCCGCCAAGAACGUGUACGACAUGGAACCGACCAUCAGCAUCAUCCAGGGACCCGGUGGUGUGGUGGUCCCGCUCGGUUUCCCUCAGAACCCGUACGACCUGCCCAGGAACAGUCACAUCCCCGGACACUACGACCUGCUGCCUGUCCGUCACAGCCCCCCCCACAGCCACAGCCCCCCCCUGCCCGGCAGCCCCACCAGCUCCCUCCUUUAGACCGCACCCCCAAAAACAUGGCGGACCAGAUCUCCGCCCAUUUCCCCCGUGAACCAGGAAACUGUGAAGUGGGACAACAGGAGAAGAUCAGUUCAGUUUGUGAUGAGGACUAAUAUUCAUUUAUUUAUUUGUGUGUGUGUGCGAUCUUAUCAGUGUAUUAUAUCUGAACUGUUUGUGUGGUGAACAGACGGAGGAAUAAACACACACACACACACAGGUUCACACGUUUUCUCUGGAAGAUGCUGAUCUGGUCUUUUUGGAUCCGACCCGGUUCAGAAGAGUCCGGACAAAGAGCUGCUGGUUUGAGAUGAAGUGAACAUCUGGACCAGUGCAGGGACAUUAAGAACAUCUGGAGAGGAGACGUUCAUCACUCCAAAGGACUGGAAGUAUGAAGAGCACAGGAGCUGCUCAGAUUCACUCUGUACAUUUCUGGUAUUUUUACACAUGGUUUCUUAUUUGCUGUUUACAUAUUUAAGAUCCUGCCGGGGGGUCCUCGCUUCUCUCUGAAAAAUGAUCUUUUUGUAUGUAGUGUAGACAAAGUUGUGUAUUGGAUGUACACUUAGUGUACACUUGUGAUUAUUAUUGUGGUUUUCUUCUGUUGUGUUAAGCUUAUUACACCUGCAUGCCAAAGAUUAUUCAAGUUAAAUAGUUAUCCAGAAAUACCCUUUUGUCCUUUAGAGCUAAAAACUGAUUAUUAUUGUCUGACUUGGAAACCGGCUCUUAUUUGAAACAGGGUUUUAUUUUGGCGUUUCAACUUCCUCCACAUCUCUGACUCCAUGUUUUUCUAAUCACGUCAUUACAGAUAUGAACAACAUGAAAUGAGGGAAAUCCUUUUUAACUUUCCAUCGACACGCGGGUCAGUUUGAUGCGUUUCCACUGAAGCAAUAACCGACAUGUUGACAAUCAGACGUUAACGGUUCGAUUCCUUUGCUUCCUCUUCUUCCUCUUCUUCCUCUUCUUGUCGUUUCUUCAUCUUCGAUCCAAACAAUCGUUUCAGCUGCAGAAGAUAAAUCAUGUGUCGGUUUUUGUUUCCAGCCUGAAACUCAAUAAAGUUGUGAUUGAUCAGAGGAGUCCAGUUCUGUCCUGUUACGCAUUAUUAAGAAGAUUUAAAAAGUGUUUUAUCUGCAUGAGACAAAUACUGGAAAUGUUUCCCAGAGAAAGUGUUUACAAAUAAAAAAGCCCUGAAUCAAUGUGAGUGUUACAGAAAACUGUAAAGAUGUAUCUACGUUUUGUAAAUACAGGAAGUAUUAGACCAGAUAUGAAUAUAAGUAGUUCCAGCUACACUUUGAAGGGACAAAAUAAUCACAACCCCGGUCAACACAACACAACCCGGUUUGAACUAACAUC